GGAGCCGCUCAGCGCUGUCCCCCAGGCGGCGGGAGAAUGGACGGGUCCAGGAGAGGUCGGCAGGGAAGCCCGCCUGCCGGUGCUCGAGCUGUUCCUCCGUCUCCCCUUCCUGAAAGUGGUCCACCUUUAUAUGAAUGUCCAAUAUGCCAUCUUAGUUGCACCGAUUAUCCAGUUCUGCAAGAACAUGUUGAACUGCACCUAGAUGAAUGCAGCAUUUUAGAAGGAAGAAACUUGAAUGAUCUAGAAUUGGCAGAGCAUCUUCAAAAUGAAGAGGAUAGGCAAAGAAGAACAGAAACUGCAAGACAAGAAAAGGAUGAUUUCCAAAAGUUGCAGAGACAAUAUGGUUUAGAUGGUUCUGGAGGGUACAAGCAACAGUCACUAAAAGCCAUGACAAAAGAAGUGGAUUUCGGAAGAAUGCAACCAUCUGAAUAUCACAGGAGAAAAGCUGAUAUGUUGGAAUCUUUGGCUUUAGGCGUUGAUGAUGGAAAGACAAAGACCUCAGGAAUUACUGAAGCAUUGUGCCAGUACUAUCAGAAUGAAUGCAAAGAUAUAAAGCAUGUGUGGCUUUCUACGGGAGUGGAUCACUUUCACUGUUCUUUUGGAGACAAAGGCUGGGGUUGUGGUUAUCGGAAUUUUCAAAUUCUGUUUUCUUCUCUUUUGAGAAAUAACUCCUAUAAAGACUGCUUGAAAGAUAUUUCACCAGUUCCUUGUAUUCCAAAAAUACAAACACAAAUUGAAGAUGCCUGGAAAGAAGGUUUUGAUCCCCAAGGAGCUUCUCAUUUCAACAGCAGAUUACAAGGAACUAAAGCAUGGAUAGGAGCAUGUGAAAUUUAUACACUCUUAACUUUUCUCAAGCUAAAGUGUCAAAUUAUUGACUUUCAUCAGCCUACUGGCUCUUCUGGUACACACCCUCGUUUGUUUGAAUGGGUAUUAAACUAUUAUUCUUCAGGUAAAGAUAGCAAUGGAAAGGUUAUGAGUACUUCCAAGCCACCAAUUUAUCUGCAGCACCAAGGUCAUAGUCGUACCAUUGUUGGAAUUGAGGAAAGAAAAAACAAAAGUUUAUGUCUACUAAUAUUUGAUCCCGGCUGCCCUUCAGAAGAAAUGCAAAAACUCUUAAAAGGCAUUGAUGGGAACAAUCUAAAAUUAUUUCGAAGACUUCCAGGAGGCUUAAAGCAUAAGCAAUAUCAAAUAGUGUCUGUGGAUGGUGUGCUGACAGAAGAGGAAAAAGUUGCUCGUAGGCAGGCUUCUCAAUUCUUCAUUGCACAGAAAAUUCCUUGAAAUGAGAAUAGCUGAAAAAUGAAGGAAAUUGAAGGCUGCAAAGGAGAUCUGUUCAUAUAGGUUGUUGAGUGAUGUACAUAGCAAUUUUUAAACAUUUCAAAAUAAAUAUUGAAAUACUUAA